AGACUGCCAGUAAACGGCGGAGGAGGGACUAGCGUAGGCUUCGCUAGACAAGGGGGCUGUACUUGUUGCCGUGAGCUCAACCCUAAACCAGACCAAACGUCUCUCCCGGCUGGCAGCGAACAGACAGGGGGAACUCGACGCCCAAACUGAAGUUUGACAAAAGAGGAAUGAACCGUAAACAGCGGCUAGUGGAAAGAGGACCGUUUCAGGCAUUGGCUGGGAGAGUGAGGAGCGAACCCUAUCGCGGUACUAUCCUAAUGGCCGUCGACAGCAGCGAAGCGAGUCGGCGGUCCAAAAGCUUCAACGGUCGUAGCGAAGGGGACGAACGGCCAGCAGCAUCCACUGCGCCCGCUUCGAAGACUCGGGCUCGGAACAAACCUAGGAAUGCUCCGAAUGGAGGAAUGGCAUUGCGAGGCAAGGAGAACGCCACAGAGGUGUUGGCAUCCCCAUCGCGGCGCAGGACGAAAGGCUCAGCGCAAAGACUCGACGUGUGCGCGGCCUCCACGCACGAGAGCCCUACCGUUGUGAUGGAUGAGGACAGCAACAAGAUCUACCCAGUCGGACAGUUCUUUGGCAAUCUGGAUGUUUUGCCGGAUUAUCCGGAGCGGCCACAUACGACAGUGACGACCAGUCAACGACAGAACAGACGGCGGCAUUACUACGCCAAAGAGGAUGAAGACGACGAGACCCACUAGCACACUGCUGGAUGGAUAGGCUACUGGGGCCGGAGACUGACUGACUGGCUUUAAUCUGGGGUUUGUUUGCGUGGAAUCAGCGCUGCAUAUCUGGAGAUGCAAUCACAAGUUCACUAGGCCUACCAGCAGCAAAACACGAAUGGAACUUGCCCUGACUGUACUGUGCCAACGUCUCGCUGCCAAGACGCUGCGUGCCAAAAGGUGAUCAUAUCGGACUGCAGUCUUCUGUGCCAUAAACAUCAACUCAAACCAA